AUGUUGGCAGAAGAAGGUAAUUUCAACAAAGAACCAAAGUCUUACUGUGAAGCCUUAAAGUCCCCAGAAAGUAUGGAAUGGCUUUCAGCAAUGAAAGAAGAAUUAUCAUCUUUAGAAGAAAAUCGAACUUGGGAACUUGUAGAAAGACCCAAAAACUUGAAAACUGUUCAAAAUCGAUGGGUCUUCCGUGUGAAAAAUGCAACAAACGGUGAGAAACCUCGAUACAAAGCACGACUUGUUGCAAAAGGGUAUGUUCAACAAAAAGGUAUUGAUUACAAUGAAACUUUUGGUCCUGUAGCACGUUACGACACAGUCCGCAUGCUUUUAGCUUUAGCUGCAUCGAGAUGA